CGAGUUUCCUACGACUUCGAAGUAGGCUGUUGCUCGAGGCAAUGGACAAACGCGAUGAGAAAUUCCUGCACAACGUUUCCAUUCCAGAAAGAACCAUCUCCUACCCAUCGAACCUCACGAACCGCCGGGACAUUCGCACAUAUGUCGCCCGCGAAACCAAACGGCGUCUCCGAAUCAUCGACGUCUGCAGAGACGACAUUGUUCGGCUUGGGGAACUACAUAAUAACCUCGCCCCGGUGAAUGCGCUUCCUGUGGAGGUCCUUAGCCACGUCUUCGUGUACCUGCUCAGCCCUCCCGGAGCCCCUAUCACGCAGGGCCACGCAAAGUUUUUGAAGGUCGCCCAUGUUUGCCAUCGCUGGCGCACGAUCGCACUCGAAAAUCCCACGUUAUGGACAUCUUUUCCCCUUCAUCACGCCGAGAUGGUCGAGCAGUGUGUCAAUCGUUCCAGGCAAUUGCCCAUCACCGUCUCUCUCACCCGAGGCAUGCCGAAGUCCAUUCCUCAGUUGGUCGCCUCCGCCUCUUGUCGCGUACGCUCAAUCUGGAUCUCGACGAAGAGCGGCUCUGACGUUGGGCAACUGCUAAGCUGCUUCGGCUCCGCACCCCUCCUGGAAUAUUUACACGUCGAGGCUAGCGGAAAUGAUCCUCGUGCUUCUUUCGACAGCUCCGUCAGGCCCUCGGUCCCAUUGCUGUUCAACGGGCACGCGCCGUCCCUCCGCUACCUAGUCCUCCGCAACGUGCAGUUACUCUUCCCCCCGUCGAACACGCUGCGCCAUCUGGAGCUUGGGGCAAGCCCCAACGAUCUUCAUCUCCCUGCCGUCAAGGAGGUUCUCGAUGUCUUGGCCAAUUGCCCCGAGCUCGAAGAGCUGAAGCUCAGUGGCCUGUGUCAGGAUUGGGAGUUCGUCGAGGAAAGGAACGUCGCGCGAAGGAAAGUCGAGCUACCACAGCUCCGGUCGCUUACCUUGGGACUGGAGUUCGCAGCCGAUAUCGCCGAGCUUCUCUCGCAAGUUUCUGUCCCUGAGCAGGCUUGCAUCCAGAUCUCUACAACCCUAGGGGACGAGGAAGAUUUAAGCAGCAUCAUGCAUGCUUACGUUCCCGACUCUCCUCACUCCCUUCGAUGCCUCGACAAAGUGCGUGCGGUCCAGCUACAAUGGCAAGACACUCAUCUGUGGCUACGCACGCCUCGUGGUGACGUGCACGAAACUUUCCUCGACUGGCACGAUUCCGACAUUUCGCUCGAAGUGUGGGCUUCCGGAGAUUGGGGAGACUCACCUUAUGCCGUUGGUGGCUUCCUAGAUGGACGCUGGCCGUUUGACACGUCUCAUGUCGAAGCGCUUGCUAUCGUCUUCUCGGGAAUCAGCGAGGAAAUCGACGACGACGAGGAUCCGCGGGAGCUCAUGCGCCUGCAGCAAUGGACGACAGUGCUCGGGACUCUACCGGCUUUGAAGACGGUAUCCCUAUCCUGCUUCCUUUCUCUCGAGCUGGACCCACUCAUCGAUCUCUGGGCGGGGACAGACGGGGAAGUGUACUGUCCGAAGUUGGAGUCGCUGGGCUUUUCGAACCUGGAGAUGUCGGAGCGGACUAUGGAAGGGGUGUAUAAUAUCGCCGUGAAGCGGCUGGACGGACGGCCAGAUGGAGGCUUCAAGGAGAUGUACUUCAACGACUGUGGGACACCCUCUCAGAUGCAGUAUAGAGGCGACGAAUGGACGGUGAAGCUGGCGGAGCUGGGUGUGAAGGUGACGAUCGACGGGAAGGUUGUGAAGGCGAGGUCUCAGCGCGGUUCGCUGCAGUGUAGGCUACCUAGAGCCAUCUCCUCCCGUAGAAGGGCUUAGUACAAGGCAUCGCCUCGUUCAUGUCGCCGCGUCGCAUGGUCCGAAGGCGGGUCGAAGCAGCUCGGCGGGUUACAUCUGUAUAUGUAAUUGACUCCCGGCGUUUUGAGCGAGUACUGUCAUAGUGUUUGUGAUUUCC